AUGACAUCCACAAUCAAACCAAUCCAGCUCUACGGCGGCAUUCUAGGCCCCAACCCGCUGAAGAUCGGAAUUAUCCUCACCCUUCUUGAGCUCCCCUUCGAGGUAGUCCCCGUCGAAUACACCGACGUCAAGCUCCCAGCUUACGAAGCCAUCAAUCCAAACGGACGUCUUCCGUCAAUCCACGACCCAAACACUGGUCUCACGAUCUGGGAAAGCGGCGCAAUCGUCGAGUACCUGAUCGAGCGGUACGACACCAAGGAGCCGCGCAAGCUCAGCUUUGAGCCACGCAGCGCAGAAGCCGAGCUCGCGCGCUCAUUCCUGUACCUUCAAACCACUGGCCAAGGCCCGUACUACGGGCAGGCCUACUGGUUCAAGAAAUACCACGCUGAGAAGAUCCCCAGUGCUAUAGAGCGCUACGUCAACGAGGCAAAGCGCGUGACGGGCGUUCUUGACAAAUGGCUGGGCCAGCAAAAGGAGGCCAAUGCUGACAAUCUCGGAGACGGUCCUUGGCUCGUCGGAAACAAGUUGUCUUAUGCGGAUAUCGCAUUUAUUCCCUGGCAGGCGGGUGCGCAUAUGUCGUUUAGUGAAGAUGGGUUUAAUUUGGAUGAAUUCCCUCACGAGAAGGAAUGGUUUGAGCGCAUGACCUCCCGGGAAGCGAUCAAGGCCGUCCUGGACUCCUCGAACGAGCAGAUGGCCAAGAAGAGGGCAGCCCAGUGA